AUGGAGCCACUUGAUAUAGUCAAUUCGUGUCUCAAAUAUCUGGCACGACCCUCCGCAAGAAUUGUAAUUGAUGUUGCGACAAAAACAAGCCCUGUCAACUGCGCGCUUGAUUUUGCAGUAGCCACCGACCUCACAAGCAUCGGUUGCACACUGAUCAGUGAGCUCGAUCACUUGCUCCGGCAUAUCCGCGACGCAUUUGGGCCAGUGCCAAUCUUCGAUGGGAAUGUACGCGAAUUGGGUGGUUUUGAGUGUGUCCGCCCAGUUCUCGGGUUCAUUGUUGAGAUCUAUAUUGAAGGUGUUGCAGAAGCAAUCUUUGUCAAAAUAGUCGCCAUCACUGAUGCGAUGCAGGACCAGAUCGUAGAUGCGACGCUGGACGAGAUCGUAACCAACAGUUUCAAAAUCCAGAGCGAUCAUAGAACGUAG